CUUUUUUCUCUAACCUGAAGAAGAAUAUUGUGAUUUACUAGCGCGGGAUAGAUGAAAGUCAUAUUGACAUCAGUAUGGCUAAAGCUGUGUACUUGGAACAUUAUCUUGAUAGUAUCGAGGGCUUGCCUUACGAACUUCAGAGGAACUUCACUUUGAUGAGCGAGUUAGAUAAUAGAACGGAAGAGCAGAAGGCUGAGAUUGAUAAACUUGCAGAAGACUAUGUUGCAAAUGUAAAGAAUCUGGCCUCUGAACAACGUGUCCAGCAUCUACAGAAGAUUGAAAAUGCUUACACGAAAUGCAAAGAGUACAGCGAUGACAAAGUGCAGCUUGCUAUGCAGAUAUACGAACUGGUAGACAAACACAUUCGUCGAUUGGAUGCUGACCUGGCUCGUUUUGAGAACGAUCUGAAGGAUAAACUUGACUCAAGCAGUCAGGAGAGCUCAGAUGAGAAAAGAUUGAAGAAGGACAAAAGUGUCAGGGACAAGAAAGUGUCCAGGACCCAGAAAGAUUCUGACCCAGACUCUCCUGGGAGGAAAAAGGUGAAAAACAGGAUAUUUCCCCCCUCUGUCCUCAGCCCCAACAACACUGACUUGGCUAUGCACCCAUCCGAUGUGCUCGACAUGCCAGUGGACCCAAAUGAACCAACCUACUGCCUGUGCAGUCAAGUGUCAUAUGGGGAGAUGAUUGGCUGUGACAAUCUUGACUGUCCAAUAGAAUGGUUUCACUUCGCCUGUGUUGGCCUGGCAACAAAACCAAAGGGGAAAUGGUAAGUUGACAACAAAUUGUAGUCUUUUCAAAGGGCACGUUAGGAGUUGGAUGUUUGUAAUACAGGGAAUUAAUUUAACACGG